AUGAACUACCCUUCAAACCCUAACCCUAAUUUCAUAGAUUUCCCUAUAACUUUCACAUCCGAUGAUUAUGAUGAUGCUUUUCAGAUGAUCAUGGAACAAAUCAGCCUCGAGAAUCACUCACCCACCUUGAGUUGGACUUCAUCUGAGAAAUUACUGGCUGCAGAAGUCACAAGUCCCCUUCAAACAAGCCUAGUUACCUCACCUAUGAGCCUUGAAAUAGAGGACAAAACUGAGAUCAAGAAGAGGAAGAGACACAAAGAUGAUCCGAUUAUUCACGUGUUUAAAACGAAAUCUAUUGAAGAAAUUGCUUUAGAUGACGGAUUUAAAUGGAGGAAAUACGGCAAGAAACCGAUAAGGGGCAGUCCAUUUCCGAGGCAUUACCACAAGUGUUCGAACGCCAAUUGCAUCGUGAAGAAGAAGAUCGAGAGAGAUACGAGCAAUCCUGAUUAUGUGUUGACAACUUACGAAGGGAGACAUAAUCACCCAAGCCCUUCUGUGGUUUAUUGUGAUUCAGACGACUUUGAUCUUACCUCUCUCAACAUUUUGUCUUUUCAGACACGUACUUAUAAAUAUUCACAUUCAGCUCCAUGA